AUGUCGAACCUAAGCUAUCAGUAUGCUUCACUUCCUCAGUUUAAAUAUCAAACAUAUGAUUGGAACACUGGUCAAUUCAAAGACUGCCCUAUAUCAUCGUUAUAUUCUUCCCCACCAUCAGAUGACGGUAAUGAUGAACCUACCACUGACGCAAAACCAAAAAAGGACGUCCCCUUGGACCAACAACCACAAGAUGCACCAGCGGCUAAUGUUGACGCCGGAAAAGAUGCCCUUGAAGCAUCCCCAGGUAUAACGGAAAAUGAGCCUUCCGAGGGGACCCAAAAGACAGCAGAGGAGGAAAAACCAAACGAAGGAACGCCGUCUACAGAAGACAAGCCGGGGGAAGAGACGGCAAAAGAAGCUCCAGCUACGGAAGAUCCUCCUUCUGAAGAAGCUCCUGCUGAAGAAAAGGAUGUUCCAGAAGAGACUCCAACAAAAGAAGAGCCAGCAACAGAAGCUCCUGCUGCGGACGAUCCUCCCGAAGAAGUUCCCUCUGAAGAAAAGCCGGCUACGGAAGGGACUGCGGCGGAACAGGAGCCGGUAAUAGAAGCACCGGCAUCAGAAGGUCCACCUGCUAAAGAAGCCCCAGCCCCGGAAGAAAACCCACCUGCAGAAGCGGCUCCAGCUGAAGAAAACUCAGUUUUAGGAGAGACCCAAACAGAACAAGAACCAGCAGCAAAAGUACCAGCUGUGGAAGAGUCACCUGCUGAAGAAACAUCUGCUCCGGGAGAAUUACCUACUGAAGAGACCCCGACCGACGAAGCUCCAGCCGCCGAAGAGGCUCCAACUGCGGAUGAGGUUGAGAAGAAGCUUGCAGAAGAGGCGCUAACAAAAGAGAUAAGCACGGAAGAGGACCCCACAGAGAAGCCAGCAGCUGCAGGAGAACCAUCUGUUCAAGAAACAUGCCUCGAAGAGGCUUCUGUUGGAAAAGAGUGUCCUGCAGAAGAAUCUUCUGCGGAAGGGGCUCCCGCCGUAGACGCUUCCACCACAGAGGAAGAAUCGCUGGCGAAAGAAGUUCCAACUGAAGAAAAAUCAACUGCAGAGGCAUCUUCAGCUGUGGAAGAAUCCCCUGCUGAAGAGGCCCCCACUGAAGAAGCACCUUUGGAAGAGACAACCGUGGAUGAAACACCCGCCGAAGGGACGCCGGCUCCUGAAGAAGCGCAGCUCCGAGAAGAAUCACCUGUAGGAGAAGAAACAUCUGUGGAAAAGACUGCUGGUGAGGAAGCACCACCUCCAGAAGAACACCCGGCUGCAGGAGAGUCACCUACCGAAGAAGAUCCAGCUUCAAAAGAAGUCCCAGCUACUGAAGAACCUUCAACUGGAGAGGAGAAUCCGGCUGAAGAAGGGGCAGCGCCUGAACUGUUAGACGAGGGAGAGAAACUAGUUGAAGGAACACCAGAGGUGCCAAAAGAAGGAGAAGCAGCUGAUACUGAUAAAGUAGGCAUUGAAGAAGAAAACAAGAGAACGGCCGAAGGAGGAAAUUACGACACAGCGGACGCAGCACCUGAUACAUGUAAUGUCAAAGAGGAGGGCAAAAGUGCAUCCAAUAUUGAUGGGCCCAAAUCGUCAAACGACCCUGUGGAAGUAACUACUGAAGAAAAGGAGGAAACAAACGCUACCCUUGGGACUUCAGUCGAAGAAUCUACUGUAGAACAACCUACAUUUGAGGAAUCUGCCGCUGAAGAGCCUGCUCCUGAACUACCUGCUGCUGAAGAAGCUGAGGAGUCAGCUGCUAAAGAGACUGCUGCUGAAGAGCCUGUUGCUGAGGAGCCAGCUGCUGAAGAGCCUGUUGCUGAUGAGCCAGCUACUGAAGAACCCGCUGCUGAGGAGACUGCUGCUAAAGAGCCAGCUGCUAAAGAGACUGCUGCUGAAGAGACUGCUGCUAAAGAGCCUGUUGCUGAUGAGCCAGCUACUAAAGAGACUGCUGCUGAAGAGACUGCUGCUGAAGAGCCUGUUGCUGAUGAGCCAGCUACUGAAGAACCCGCUGCUGAGGAGACUGCUGCUGAGGAGCCUGUUGCUGAGGAGCCUGUUGUUGAGGAGCCUACUACUGAGGAGCCUGUUGCUGAUGAGCCAGCUACUAAAGAACCCGCUGCUGAGGAGACUGCUACUGAGGAGCCAGCUGCUGAAGAACCCGCUGCUGAAGAACCCGCUGCUGAAGAGCCUGUUGUUGAGGAGCCAGCUGCUGAAGAGCCAGCUGUUGAGGAGCCUGUUGCUGAAGAGCCAGCUACUAAAGAACCCGCUGCUGAGGAGACUGCUGCUGAGGAGCCUGCUAUUGAAGAACCUAACACUCAAGAUCCGGUAGAACCUGAGCCAAUACCCGAGGAGCCAGCUGCCGGGGACCCUGUUAUUGAUAAACCGGCAGCUGAAGAGCAAGUAGAAGGUUCAUCGGCUACCGAAGAAUCAAAACCAGAAGAUCCAAUAACUGAAGAGCCAGCAGCCAAGGAACCAGCAAGCGAAGAAGAAGCGGCUGUGGAAGCGGCUGUCAAAGAGCCGGCAGAAGACCCUGUUGUUCAGGAGCCUGCAGAGGAACCCGCAGCUGAAGAAUCUAUUAUUAACGAAGCAGCCGCUGAAGAGGUCGUUGUUGAGGAACCAGCUGCUGAGAAUGCGACAGCUGCAGAAUCUGAAGCCAAACAGCUUGCUGAUGUGGAUGAACAACCUAAGCUCGAAGAACCCGUGGGUGAGGAGCCAGCACCAGCUCCAAACGACCCUGUAGAGACUUCAGAUCAGCCGGAUGAAGUGGUUAUGAAAAAGGCGAGCGAACAACCUGCUCUUGUAGAAGAGACUACAGCUCAGGGAAUAGCUACGGUAGAAGAGAAUAUUCCAAAUGAACCUGCUCCAGAACCAACACCAGCAGUGACGGAAGAGGCUCCCGCCGAAGCUCCUGCCGAAGCCCCUGAGGCACCGGCAACUGAAAAGCCUCAGGAUGAUUCACCCCCGGCCGAGGAUGUUGUCAAGGAAGUAGCACCCCAUGAACAGCCAGCAGGAGAACCUGUAGCUGAAGAGGAACCGAAGACUACUGAAGAACCAACCCCACAGCCCGCACCUGUUGCUGAGGAGAAGCCUGCUGAAGAAAUCAAAGAAGAGCCAGUGCCGCAGGCCGUGGGAGCCCCCGUUUCGGAAGAUACAGCUUCAAAACCUAUCAUUGAAGAACCUGCUGCUGCUAAAGAUGCCCCUAACGCUAAAGCUGCGGAAGCAGCUGCUGUUGAGCCCAAAUCCAAAUCGCGAUCGAAAGAACGAUCGAAAGAGCGAUCAAAAGAAAAAAGACACAAGAAACACCGACGAUCCACGCCAGCCGAGGAGCCACCACGACCUUCAAAAAGUUCGGGAGAGAAAAAACCUAGCUCUCGUCGACCAAGAGCUGAACGAGAGGUGCGGUCCUCGCCGCCAGUCGAUGCACCUGUUGAAGUGAAAGAGACGAAACACACUGGCCAAACUAGGCAUAGAAGUAACCGCCCUCGACCAAACGAGACUGAAGCAGAGCGAGCAGAAAGACGAAAGAGGCGAGAAGCCCGCAGAGCUGAGGCAGAACGUUCAAAGGAAACUGGAAGCCCUAAGGAGGAACAUCCCAAGGAAGAACAUGGCCCGAAUCCACCAAAGCGACCCCUUGUGCGGCGAUUAUCACUAUCAGGCCGUGACCGACCUAACGCCGCCCCUAAAUCUGGUGGCCCAAGUCAAAACCCGAUAUCUUCGCUCGCCUCCAAGCCUCUCGCUUUGCUUAGGUUGAUUACUACCGGCCAAUCAACAGCUCACCAGCCGGUCAUGAAAGUGAAUGAACGAGCAAAGUCCUCCUCUCCAGUUCCCCCCGUCAAACGGCCGUCACCUCCAAACACCUCUGGCUCCUCUACCCAUUCCCAGUCGAACUCGGGCUCUCGUUCGCAUUCUGACAGGCGCCGUGAAAGAAGGUCAACCAACUCCGAGGAAGUAAGGGAGCGAGCACGACGAAGUAACGCCAGAAGCGAAGAGAACAAACUGCGUGAAAGGAAGUCCCCCAAGACUGAUGAAGGGGCAGAGCAAGAAAAGCCCCCGAACCCGAAAACAGAAGUACCGAAGCCUCGCGAACGAAGGCUAAGCAGAGGUGAAGACAGCAAAGAACGAAUGCCUAGCAAACAGGAAGAAGCCAAGGAGAAAGAUCCAGGAAAGGAGCAAGAGCACCGAGAACAUCGAGAACACCGGGAGCACCGUCGAGAACGUCGACGGUCGAUGAGACUCGAAACCCCGGCGGAGAAGACUGCUAAAGAGGACCCUCCGCCAGAACGACUGCGCCGACGCCGCUCGAGUCUACAUAAACACCGCGAGGACGCUCCAUCAAGCAUGAGCUUCAGAGAGAAACUUCGACAAGUCCUUACCGCCGCAUGAUAUGACCCAUUAAUGACGUUUAUGAUUGUUCAUGCCAUGUUUGUCAUCUCACGAUUGAUUUUCCCCCUACCGUUCUCUACUUUUAUAUCUUGUUCUUGAGUUUUGUUCAUGCAUUCUGUGAGCGUUUUUGAAUGAUUAUUUUUGCCUGCUCCUUUCUCAAAUACUGCAUAUCACGAACAUUACUGUUGGAAUAAGGGAAU